ACGGUGGUAGUGGUGGUGAUCCCGGCGACUUCGAGAACCUCGAGGAGUUGAAGUAUGAUCCAGCCGACGACCGCUACCCCCGCGGGCUAGAAGGGAAGAAACUCCUCUGGGGCGCCUCGAACGCUGGCCCGCUGCGACAUGGGCUUGAGAGUGGCCGUACGUGGAAGAAGACCCGGGAGAUGCAAGGUGCCGGGGAGGUGCCGGGGCCCGGAGAAACACCGGACCCGGAAGAGGCAUUGCUGGCGACCAUCCUAGAAACUGGCGGGACGGGGAUUGUUGAGGACUACAUCUGCAACUCGCUUGUGAAGGAGCAGUGGGACGAGGAGCAGACACAUCGUAUGGAGAUGCACAGGCGCGAGAUGCAGGAGGUGUUGGGCCCGGAACAGCAGGCGUUCGGGGCCGAGGUCGACGCCAGCGGGUCUUCGCAACCACUCCCAGACCCACAGCUAAGUAUGACCUCGCCAAUCGGGCAGAAGCCGAGUGAUGUGGAAGCAGUACCGAUGACGUACAAGGAUGUGAUGUGUUCCAAGUACAAGGUUUUCUGGGAGGCGGCCAUGAAGAAAGAGAUAGAUGGCCACGACAAGACUGGAACCUUUACCAAGGUCAAGGAGCUGCCCGAGGGGCGGAAGGCCAUAGGUUCAAAGUGGGUGUUCUAUUGGAAGACGAAUGAGAACGGCCUGAUAGUCGACUUCAAGGCCCGUAUGGCCCGUAUGGUUGCGCGGGGUUUCUCUCAAAUCCCCGGCAUCGACUUUCACAAAUCAUCCUCAGCGUGCCCGUCUGCAGCGUCUAUCAAGACGGUGAUUGCCGUAGCCACUGAAAAGGGCAAGAAACUCGCUCAAUGGGAUGUGAAGCAAGCGUACAUCCACGCUAAGCUAAAAGAAGAAAUAUACCUCAGGUUCCCGGAAGGCUGUGGUAGCAUGUCCGGCAAGGUGGUCAAGGUUGAGCGUGCCCUGUAUGGCCUAAAGCAGAGUGGCCGUGAGUGGGGGUUUGAAGCUGCCGAUGCCCUCAUGGAGAAUGCAUACGAGCAGUGCAGGUUUGACCCGUGUGUCUUCCGGAAGGUGGUGGAUGGAGAGGUCGUAGGUCUCAUCGUGAUCUACGUUGAUGACAUCUUAGUGGCGGCAGACGAGGGAGAGCGAGAAGAGUUGUUCGCUUCCCUCAACAAGAGGUUUUCUGUGAAAGAUCUGGGGGAGUGUACCUGGUACGACCGGUGUGCUAUCGCCAUGGAUGUAGAAAAUAGCAUCCCCAAGCUGUCCCAGACAGCAUGCAUUGAGAGUAUGCUGAAGCGGUUUGAUGUGACCACGACCGCUCUCAUCCCUGCUGCCACCGAUGCCGACCUAGGGCCGAAGAGAGAUGACGAGCCCGCGGUGGAUAAGCCUGUGAGGGAGGCGAUCGGAUGCCUGAUGUGGACGAAGCUGACGAGGCCAGACAUCGCCCUGCCUCUGAACAAGCUCCAGAAGAUCGCCCACUCACCCACCGGGAGGAUAUGGAACGCGCUUGUGCGGAUCAUGUCCUAGCUGAAGUUCACGAAGGACUUCGGCAUCACCUACGUACGGGGGUCAGGACUAGACCUAAGCGUGUUUGUCGAUCCCAGUUACGCUGACAACGAAGUAGACAGGCGUUCUACGACCGGGCUAGCUGGCGUGAAGGAGGCGUUGUUUGUGCGUGGCGUUCUGUCGUUCAUAGCGCCCGAGACCAGUGGGGCGAAGAUCAAGGUCCUUGAC